GUGUCACAUUAUUAUCAUUCCGUCCGUGGACACUGGGUAGCGCGUGCUGUCUAGAUAAAGUUGAUGUACUGAAGGCAUUUGCAUAUUAAUAAUGCAGCUUACACAAGAUUUGGAACUGUUUCCUGAAUACACAGUGACUCAACUUCUCUUCAAAGAUGUGAAAAAUGCGACGGAGUUGAGGAAAAUGGCAGUGAAUGGAGAAAUAAAAGGCGCCUUGAUCAAUCCAUCAAUGGUCGUGGAUGCAUUCCAGAUCCUUGUGGCAGCAAAUAAAGCAGUUCACCUCCAUAAAAUUGGGAAAAUGAAAACCCGGAGCCUUUAUUCUGAAAUAAUUUUUAAUCUUUCACCCACAAACAACAUAUCCGAAGCGUUCAAAAGGUUCGGGGUCUCAGACAGUGACAGUGCGGUUCACAUUGUGUUAGUACACGAUAAAGAAGAGAACCUGAACGUCGAUGACAUCAUCUCAAAGGUGGACGGACAACAGAUUCCUGUUGAUCAAGUGUCCGAUUUGAUGGAUGCUGCAAAAAUUAAAAAGCUUUACAAAGUCGCACCGCAGGAGGAAAAGUGCGGCAGCCUUUUGGACGCUGUUGUUUGCAGGAUGGCCACUAAAGAUGUUGCAUAGAGAAUAUAUAGGUGUUGAUCUGUAAACAAAAGCCUAUUUAUUUGAAAUUCCUUGGUUUUAUUAUAUGUAUAUAUUUUUAAAUAAAUAAAUCAUCUUGAAGGUCA